GUGUCACUUUAAGAACGUCGGUGAUCACGUGUGCAGUGCUUUUCACACACACAAAAAAGUUUGACAUAAAUUUCGAAAAUUAUUUUGUAAUUUUCUAAGUGUUUAAUACUGUCCGAGAAAUAAACUUGGAUAGUGGUACGAUGGACGGGAUAUCCCAGAACAUUCUGACUUCAGGAUUUGCUCCUGACCUGGGGCCCUUGAAAGAGCCCUUGGCAUUUAUUAGAGUGCUCGAAUGGGUCUUCUCCAUAUUUGCCUUCGCUACAACGUCGGGUUAUGCCGGCUCUACGAGCAUCAACGUGCUGUGCCAGGGAAGCAGAAGCCAAGAAAUCACUGCUGACUUUAACUACCCAUUCAGACUCAUGGCUCACCCAUACACUGUCCCCUCCUGUAAGAACGACUCCAGCACUAUCCAGACCUAUCUGACCGGCGACUACUCCUCCUCAGCUGAGUUCUACGUCUGUAUCGGGGUGUUUGCCUUCCUCUACAGCACCGCCAGCCUGGUGAUCUACCUGGGCUACCAGCACGUCUACAGGCAGACCAGCCGCGGCCCCAUUGUGGACCUGCUGGUGACCGCAGCCUUCACCUUCCUGUGGCUGGUGUCCUCCUCUGCCUGGGGUAAAGGCCUGACUGACGUAAAGUGGGCUACCAGCCCCUCUAACCUGGUAGGCUUAAUCUCCACCUGCAAGGACGUCAGAAACAAGUGCACACCAGGAGCAGUGCCUCACAUGGGGCGACUCAACUCCUCUGUGAUCUUUGGAUUCCUCAAUCUGAUAUUAUGGGGUGGUAACUGCUGGUUCAUCUUCAAGGAAACCUCUUUCCACAAGUCAGCCAACCCCCCUGCGGACGUAGAAGAGGGUUCAGGGGUCAGGCCCAUGCCGUCCUAACUGGGAAGUUCUCUGCUGUCAACGGCUGUGUUCCAGACUGCCUGCACAAUGCAGCCACACCGCAUAAAUUAACCAAUCUUUUGGGGCGAAUCUUAACUUCCACUCAAAUUCUCACAUAGUCAUCGAUGCCAAUAGGAGACAAUGUGACAUUGUGGAAGUUAAGAUUUUCCUCUCUUAUGUGAUUUCACUUAUCCAGACGUUUUGAGAUGUGACUGAUUUGCAGAUGACCAGGAACAGGGCUGACGUUCCCUCCAACCAAGUAGUUCCUGUACUUUUUUUCCCCCCCCAAAUGAUUUGUAAAUUGGUUCGAAUGCUGCUUAGAAAUGUCUUCCGGAAUCUUAACCACAGUUUCGUUCAUGCAUUGCCACAUUUAUUAAUCAAAAGCUUUCGAAGUUGUGCAUUUUAGGUUCUUUAAAUAGGUACAAAACAGAAUCCAGGAAAUAUGGAAGGAGACAUUUUGGGGUGGUGUGGGGGGGGGGUUUAAGUCAUAACUGCAUGAAACAAAACUAGUUAACUCUUUACUUAACGGUAUAACUAACCCAAUGCAACAAUCAAAUCAGUUUAUUAUAAAGUCUCUGUGAUUAUUUCUUCUUUUGUUACUUUGUGGAUAGUUUAGUGUUUUUUUUGUUUAAUGUUUAUUAAAAAAAAGGGCUCGUUGCAACGGGGGCUCGUUGCAACGGGGGCUCGUUACAACGGGGGCUCGUUGCAACGGGGGCUCGUUACAACGGGGGCUCGUUACAACGGGGGCUCGUUACAACGGGGGCUCGUUACAACGGGGGCUCGUUACAACGGGGGCUCGUUACAACGGGGGCUCGUUGCAACGGGGGCUCAUUACAACGGGGGCUCGUUGCAACGGGGGCUCGUUACAACGGGGGCUCGUUACAACGGGGGCUCGUUGCAACGGGGGCUCGUUGCAACGGGGGCUCGUUGCAACGGGGGCUCGUUACAACGGGGGCUCGUUGCAACGGGGGCUCGUUACAACGGGGGCUCGUUACAACGGGGGCUCGUUACAACGGGGGCUCGUUACAACGGGGGCUCGUUACAACGGGGGCUCGUUACAACGGGGGCUCGUUGCAACGGGGGCUCGUUACAACGGGGGCUCGUUGCAACGGGGGCUCGUUACAACGGGGGCUCGUUGCAACGGGGGCUCGUUGCAACGGGGGCUCGUUGCAACGGGGGCUCGUUACAACGGGGGCUCGUUGCAACGGGGGCGUUGCUCGUUAUUUGCCUCGUAAAAGAAAGGAAGCAGAAAUAGUUACGGACAUCUAUGUGACGCCAUGAUCAAUUCUACAGUACUUUCAUGUCAUGUUUCAAAAUGUGCCUUUUUCUUUCUUUGCGCCAGAAGAUUUGUAAAAUGUAAUGUGUUUUUAAAUUAACAAGUUGGGUUUUUUUUUUAAUGGGGGGUGGAAAGCCAGUAAAGUCCUGUUUUCACUUUGUCGUACCUUUUGGUCACAAACAUUUUUCAACUCUUGUCGUUCAAAUACAUUUUAAAUGAUGUACUGAUAUGUUCUGUAUUUCCUUGGGUCUCUUUCUACCUCAGUUUUGUGAAGGCAGAACCUUUUACUCUUUUAAAAAGAAAAAAAGUUAUCUUUCAAAUGGUAGGUCUCAUUCAGUGUUUAUAGAUACAUUUCACUUUAAGGUGUCAUUAUUGUGACACACCAUUAAACAAAGCUGUCAAUUAAAGGGAAAUAGCUGGUAAA